GACCUCUUGUUAUACUGAUCUUUCCAUCUCUAUCUGUCAAUAAACCGUUGCUCGACUGACAGACUAAACCACUCUCCUCCGAUGAAUUGGACUGGUGGCCGACUUCAACGGCACUCGCACAAUAAACCUGGAUCACGCUCCAGAAGACAAAAGCAGCACUUUGCGAAAGCCAGAUUAAAAGUCCAGAAGGAAUCUCAUCAACAGGAUAAUACCCCGUUCAGUUCACUGCCUGCCUGGAACCAGCUUCCAGCGACUGGGAAAGGAGACCAGGAGCAUUCUCACGUGCCAUGCUCCAGGGAGUCUGACAGCAGAUAUAUAUCCCAACGUCGAGCCAAUUCUUCAGAAGAACCUGGUCGCUCGGGAGACUCACAGACGCGGAAGGGCACAGAUGGAAACAUCACGACAGAGCACCCCGCCAGCUCUUCUCGAUUGGAUAUUCUCAAGCAAAAGUUGCUGCAAAAGAAUGACUGGGUUACAGUCUCAGUCACUCGUCCGCUAAAAAUGUCCUACGUCUCUGCUGAAGAAAGAGAGAAGGUGGGCAGGAGAAGGAAGAUAACAGAUGAUGAUCGCAAGCGUCAGAAAGCCCCAGCCCAAAGAGUCAUAUCGCCAGAGUUCUAUACCAGAAAACGGAGGAAACUUGACCACGAAGGGAAUAAGACUGGCACCCCUAGAGAUAUAAAUAUAACGAUCAGGGAUUACCGGCCAGAUACGGCUCCCUUGUCAACGGCGGCAAAAUUACAGCAUAGCCAGCAGUCCUCAGAAUCUAUGCUCUUGGACAGAGAAGAAAGGCAUAUUCCUUCGAGUAUAGUGAAGGCCAGAGAAAGAUCAAGGAGGCGAACCCAGCAAUAUCGUGCCGCAGACCAAUCUUCACUGCUUCUUGGUAGCGCUGACCAUGAGAUGGAUGGGACCAAGUAUACGCCAAGCUCUGCUCAAAACCAUCAGCGGCACUCUAUAUCAGACGAUAUUUAUUCAAAGUAUACUUCUUCAAGGAAGCUCGUGAGUGAGAAUGGCUAUGAAAGUGAUGGCUAUUCCUCCGUCGCUUCUGAGCCGGCGGAUACUGCUUCGACACAAAACUCUCCCUGCGUGUCACGGGCGACUGGCCGUCCAGUCUGUAAUCGAUUCACCAUCGAUGACCAAGUUCUUGCAGAAAGAGAAGGGAGAUUGAACAUCUCAUCGCUUCUGCGGAAUGAUGACAGACAAAGUAGCAUCUCCAGGGACAGAAGCAACCUGUUCUCUCCAUUUCUCCCCAGUCAGAUCUCAGAUGACAGGCAGACAAGGCUGUCAGUGACGGAUCGACUGUCCUUUUCCAGCAAUCAGCAGUCCGGUAGACUUCCUGCAGUAAAGCACAAAAUCUUCAGACCACUGGGGACAGGACGGGUUUCACCGGAAUCGGCAGACCAUUCUCACUCUCCAGUGAAGUUCUUUGGACAGUCUCCCCAAGAUGACCAAAUCGAAGAAAACCGCACGCGCCCAGCAGUAGUAUCCUCCAGCGACCUGUAUGCCAUAGAGAACUCGCUACAAGCCCCAUGGCUAUCCCGCUGCCAAAUACAUUUCUUCGCAAACACAGACCGACAGAUCCGCAUAAAGAUACUUGGAUUAACAACAGAUUCUCAUCUGAAAACAACCACCAUCAGCGAGAAGCGACACCGCAUUCCCUUAUAGACAAUGCCACAAUAUCAGGGAACAAACAAUGGGACCAAUCUUCGUCCGGUGAAGGCCUACCGUCGUACAUCUUCGCAGAUACAAAUACAGAUACAAAUGCAGGAUCUCCAGUGACCCAUAUAAGGAAUGAGAAAACCGCAUCUCCCCAGUUCCUCCUUCAUAGCAGCGGGAUUAAUGCACGAUCGUGUUCUACAGAUCGAUUAUCCGUGCUGCAAACUCAACCAAAUACAUCGUCCGUACCGAGAUGGAGUCCAUUUUCGCCUGGACUUUUGUCCGCUUCGCAGCAGGAACCCCAG